GUGGCGUCCGAUGCUGUUGCUGCCACCGACGCCGCCAACAACAACAAACAUCUCUCCGUGGGCCAUGGGCCCAUGUUCACAAUCUUCUCGAAUGCGCAGCUCAACGAAACCUUCCACAAGCGCUACAGCAAAGAGCUGCAGCAACUGUACUCCAAGAUCGGUCACGAUGCGUUUAUGUUCACAUUCAUCAAGAUGUUCAAAACGGUGCUGGAGGCGGAUGAGGGCAACGAAUGUGGCAAUACAGCGCUUGCAUUUGUUGCCAAGUUCGUCACUAGCUUCGAAUCGGAAAAAACACAUCCCAUAUUGGCCGAAAUAAUCUGCUGGUUGCUAUCGACAAUUUCGAGUGUACCGAAAAUACGCUAUCGUAUUUGCUUCUCGGUGAAUCUCAUAUUAAAGCAUAUGGGGCCAUAUGCGGCAUUGGAUGACUCUCAGUGCGAUCAAAUUCUGCACUACAUGCUGGAUCGUCUGAAGGAUGUGUCAGCGAGUGUGCGCAAGGAGGCGGUGCUGGCCAUGCAGCGAUUACAGGUGCCUGAUCAUCCAAACGAUCCCGUGCUGUGCGCCUAUCAGUUCCACCUCUGUUCGGAUCCCUCAUCCGGUGUGCGGCAGUGCAUCAUUUCGUGCAUGGGCCGCAACUAUCUGACUCUGCCACACAUCCUGCAGCGUCUGUGGGAUGUGGACGAGAGGGUGCGACGCCACACCUACGUCCACCUGUGCAAUUAUCCAGUGCGCUCGUACAAGGUAUCGCAGCGUCUGACGCUCAUCGAGCGCGGCCUCAACGAUAUUGCGGAGAGUGUGAAGAAGAAUGUCAUAAGGUAUAUGCUCAAAUCGUGGAUAGAGUCGUACCAGCAGAACUACAUACAGCUCACGGCUGCACUUAAACUGGAUUCCAAUGAGGAGGAGCUGAUGCGCUUCAAACGCGUCGCUCGACAAAUGCUGCUCGUAAUCUUCAAGAAGGAAGACAACUGCAAGUUGCUCGCUCAGCUGCCGCUGACCGAGGACUGUGAUCUGCAUCGGUGUGUGCCACACGAGGCACUCACUGUGGAACUGGUGCUCUACUGGGAGUGCCUCAGCGGCUACCUGCAGCAGACGCAAGCCGAGGAGUUCGAGGAGGUGCUGCCCGAGCUGAGCGUCUUCUGUGAUAUGUACUGUCAGUUCCAAAAGCCGGAUAUGGACAAAUUCGCACAGAUUGAGUUCCAGUGCAUACUGCUAUCGCUAGUGGAAAUACUGCAGUCCUAUGAUCUGGGCGAUGAGAUUGGACGCGAGAACCUCAAGGAGUUAAUCACUCAUCUGCUGAAGGAGUGCUUGCUCGAUCACAAAAUUGUUGCCGUCCUGGUGCGCUGCGUGGAGCAGCUCGUCAGCGAUGUGGGUGCACGUAUGCAGUACUUCAUCGAGAUCAUCUACGAGAUUUGCGAGCUUAAUGCCAAGCAGAAAGAUUUAGUGCACGAUCGCGAGUUAACCGAUAAGCUGCUGGACAAUGAGGACCCCUCGUUGGUUAUGAAGAUCGGUUCGUUAAAGGUGAAAAUACUUGACCUCGAGGAGCAGGAGGAGAAUUUUGUGCGGCAAAAGGAGUACAUUCGUGCGCAGGCCGUCAACGAUGAGCGAAUGGCCGUGCGGGACGAAUACAAGGAUCUCAUCCAGCCGCUGCUCGUUAAGCAUGGCGACCUAGAGCUACCCACACGGCCGAAGCUGUCCAAGCAGGAGCGCGUGCUCAAGGGCCUCUACAUAUCCUUUCAUAUGGUCGCCUCUGAGCAUGUGCACUCCCUAAAUCCCAGCAUAUGUAAACUCUAUAAGGACUUCAUAUGCCGACAUUUGGCUUCGACAGAAAUGGACAUCUUUGAGUGGGCCAUGAAGUGCGGCACCACGUUUAGCAUUAUGUACGAGGCGUACACGAAAGAGGUUUUCGACGUACUCAUCGACGAGUUCUACAAGAACAACAAUUUGCGACUCUGCGAAAUAUCGGCGCAAUGCGUUUGCGAGCUUAUGGACCAUUAUGGUGUGGAAUAUUUUAUCGAUCUGAAUCAGUCGGUGGCCGGUGGUCAGGUUCAGCCACCUAAAUCGAAGCGUCGUAUGCUGUUUACCAUGCAGGAUUUCGAUGGCGAGGAGGACCGCAGUCAAACGCAGAGCAGCGAACAGAAUGCGGACAUUAUCAACAUGAUGGGCUUCUUUAUCGAGAAGGUCGUCGACCAGGGCAUCCUACUGGCCAUUGUGCGCGGUCUGUGCCGCUUGGUGUUGCGCGGCCAGCUCGACAAUCGCACCGAUGUGAUUGAGAAGUUGCUGAAGCGCUACUUCAAUCCAAACACGGAGCCCAUCAUACAGCAGGUGCUAGGCAUGUUCUUUGAGAAUAUUGUCGAACAGAAGCAGCAACAUUUGAUUCAGCCUUGCCUGCUACCCAUUGUGUGGUCUGUGAUGAACAGCAGUUACGACUCACUGCUGCACGACGUGCUGCCGGAUCAUGUAACCCGGUUCUUCAUCGAUCUGACCGUGCAGGAACACAAUACGCCACAGAGCAAUUUGCACAAUCGUAUUGCGCUCAGUUUUCUACACUACAUUCAUAACUACUACACGGAUCGAAAGGAGAUGUGCCGCCUGCUGGCCAAAGAGCUAACCACUCUCACGCUGAAUGUGCUCAAUUGUCCGCAGCUGAAGGAUGAAAUGCUCGAGCUGGCCGACAAGCUGAUCAAUAGUGAACUGGAGCCGCGCAUGAUCAAGAACAUUAUGAACUUCAAGGACAUGCUUAACGGCAAGUUUAAUCCGCCCGCACGCAACCCAGAUGGCAACAACAGCGACGUGGAUGCUGAGGAAUGUGAGAGCAUCACGGCCAUCACAGCACCCGGCUAUGAAUGUCCAGCGUCAGCGUCAAGAGGCAGUGGAGCAGUGACAGCGAUGUCUGACAGCGAACAGGCACCAGCCAUAAUCAUAACCGAAGCAUCAAUUGUAACAGAAGUCGCAGCAAGCGAAGACAGCGUGGCAACGCCAGCACCCACAUCUGUGGAGCCUGUGCUGACCACUUUUGGUGCAAAGAAUCAAGUAGGUAUUCGCUUCCUACGGCGUUCGCUUCACAAUUCUAUCACAAACUCGGAUACGGAGAGCAUAUGCGGCCCACAAUCACCAGCGUCGUCAGUGGCUAAUGCGGAAAUAGUCGAGCAGCAAGAGGGAGCUAGGGCAAUAAGUCGUCGCAUGAUGCGUAGACCCAAAUCGAAACUUCAACUGGAAAAGGCAAUGGCGCGAGCCUCAACCACGCCUGAAAAGCAAUCAGAGGCUCCCAAAUCCUCAGAAACCUUGUCGGAAACAGUAGUUGAACCAGAAUCGGUAUCUGCAGAAAGUCAUAGUCCUGUUAAAGAGCACACGCACAAUGAUUCGGAGGUGAUUGUGGACUCGCCCACAUCCGCAUCCCCCAAUGAGACGACAACAACAAAAAACGCGAGUCGCCUGCGUUUGCGUCCGAUGCGCAAGCGAAAUGCAACCGGCAGCGGAGGCAUAUCUCGAAACACGCCACCGGCCAGCAGCAAACGCAAAGUUCUACACCUCGAGAUCCAAACGCCGUUGCGCAAUGGACGCAAGCGCUUGCUUCGAAACACGAAGGGUGGAACGUCAGCGCGCAUGUCACAAUCCUCCGAUUCUUCGCUACGCAUAUCGCCGAAGCGUAAACAGCAGCGCCUGGAUGCCAAAACGCCCAGAGAACAUAGCAGCGUGAAGGUGGCGCCAGUGGGAAUUGAGCAGGUCACUGCUAGUCCGACAAACAGCAGCACAUCGUCAAUCAAAGAAAAUACAGAACCAGCAUCAGCAUCGGCACUAGCACCAUCAACAAAGUCCAGCCUCAGAACGCCGCAGACGAGCCGGCGUUCUUCCGUAACGCAGUCGAGCACCAGUACGCCUGUUCCCAGAAUGGUAACGCGAAAUUCGGCACGCAAACAGCGCUUGAGUUCCAUGGUGAUGACCCGAAAGCGCUUGUCCCAAGAGCUGAGUAUGACCGAGGGUCAUCCGAAAAUGUCCACACCAAAACGCGUGCGGCAGGACAAAGCAGCGAAUACCAGUAGCUCAAAGACAACAACAACGCGGAAGUCGCGGGCGGCCACAGCGGAAGUCGCAACCGUGGCACAGCGAACUCGACGCAAUUAUCUGUCCCCGCCCAAACCCAUUUCUCAGUAAUUAAAAUUUUGACUUUUGGUUUUUUUUUUUAUUGUUUUGCAUUAAGAUAAAUUUAAAUGUUGUGCAAGAUUUCCAUGUUCGUUGCAACUUUGUAUAUUUGAUGUAUAUUACGUAGUCUUGUUUAAAUAAACCCAUUUUAAACAUAAAACCCAUCUGCACAAAUAUGUCCAGUAUGGGUUUAAAUAUAAA